CCAGGCUACUCAAGAUCAAAAUCGGUCUUCUGUCGUUGAAUCCUCAAAGAAAUCGGAACCGAACGAGAGAAAUGAUUAUACCUCCGAUUGAAUCAAGCAUGGAAUUCGCUUCACUUUAAUCUGCACCAUCAGUGUUAUCCUCUUCAUUUUGAUCAUUAAGGAAAGAGAGAUCGCGAUGGUUUUCUCCCAUGAUUUACGUGAAUUUAUUCUUCGAGCAAGAGUGUUGAAACUGUAUAGACAGGGUUUAAGAACAGCUCGGAAAGCGCCUGUUGAUGGUCGAGAUGAAUUGAGGCAUAUGAUGAGAGAAGAAAUGGAGAAGAACAGAAAGUGUAAUGAUAGACAGAAAAUAAGAUUUUUGUUGAGCGAAGGAAUAGAGCGAUUGAAGCGUCUAGAUGAGAUGUUGGAUAUGCAAGGCCAUUAGAUUAGAUAGAGAGCAGAGAGCUUUCUUUCUUUCUUUUACUCUGUAUCAUUUUGGAGUAUUUAGAAAAUUCAUUUUUGGAUUCAGCCUUUUGAGUUAUUAUAAUUUCGUACAUUUUUCUGAUUCUCUUUCUCAGUAAUUAUUUCUGAUUACAUACCUUUUUGUAUGACAUUUAAAGAGAGGGAAAAGAAGAAUGUUAUGUAACGUUGUUUUUUAUGUCA